AUGAACAAAAACUGGAACGACCGGGCGGACAAGGACCUCUUCUUUACGAUUCUGUCGGUGAAAAACAUUGGCGUCAUCAGCGGCGCCGAAUGGACCACCAUUGGCAACCACAUGCGCACGCUCGGUUAUGGAUUCACAAAUGAAGGCUGCCGGUACGUCUUGCCCAGUGCCUCUCCACCCCUGCUGCCGCCCCAUUCUGCGUCGCCACGACGAGCACGGCACGUGUCCCAGCGUCUGAGGCAUCUUUGCCGGCAGCUGCGUGUCGUUGCCGUCGUCGGCGUUGCGUCAAGAGCCGUUGCCAUAAAGUACCGGCCUAUUCAACAUUUUCAGGGCCUGCGACGAGCCCAAAACAAGGCCGACCUGAACGGCUCUCCCGGCAGCAGCCACAAGUCCGAUCCCAACCUCAAUCCGAUUACCCGCAGGCCGGGUCCCGGCCGUGGCCGGCCGAGGAAGCAGGCGACCGGAGCAGCAGUUGAUGUAAGUAGCGGGACGGUCGACGAUGACGACGCCGCCGGUGUUGCUGGGGCCAUUGCCAUUUCUGGCACCGCAUCCAUCGGUGCUGAUGGGGCAGCCGUGCAUCCGUCUGGAGGCAGCCACAUGAAUGCGGUCGGCCUGGGUGUUGGCGUCAUCCGAAGCAUGGAUGAUCUUGACUCGGCAAAUGUAGCGGCAGCAGCAGCAGCUGCUGCUGUCGCAGCUGCUGGAAGGCCCUUAUCGGACGCCUCCUCGCACCUGAUGCUCGCACCACGGCCGAUCGAGACGAUAGCCACGGGCUCAUCGCUGCAAUCCAUGAGCGUGCUGUCGGCCAGACUGUCGCAGCCAGGAGGACAGCACGCCCUGCCGCAACCGGGGCUGUCAGGGGCACCAGAGCCGCUGCAGUCGCUGCAGUCGCUGCAGUCGCUACAGUCGCUGCAGGCGAUACAGCCACUGCAACCACAGCAGCAGAUCGAUCAGCAGAUCGAACAGCAGCUCCUGCAUCACCACCACUUGCAGCCGCACCGACAGCUCGAUGACGAGACAUCCCCGCUGGGUGCGCUUGAAGAUGCGACGGGCGAUGACGAUGUGGUUGGCGUGGAUGAUGUCGAGCUGGACGUGGACGUGAAUGUGGACGAGGGCGAGGACGGCGACGAUGACGGAGAUGGCGACGACGACGACGACGACGACGGCGUGGACGACGACGGGCCCAGCGCGAAGCGCCGCAAGCUGCAGGCCGUGACGAGCGUGGCCGGCUCGACGCUCGAGGAAGACGCCAUGCUGACGGCGCUGGCCGAGCACAACGGCACCGCUUCGGUGGACAGCUUUCCGACUGACUUCAGCUAUGGGGAGGCAUGA